AUGUCAUCUACUCCUACGAAGGAUAUACACGAUGACACCAAUCUCGAGGGUUUUGACAAAUCCGAAGUUACUUUAAUCGAUCAUUUAUGCGAUAGGAUUCUAACAGGAUACACAAUAAAUAAAGAAUUACUUAUGAAAUGGCAAGUGGAACUAGCGGAUACAAGUCAUGAUAGCACAGAGCUAUCUACUAUAAUAGAAGAAGAAUUGGUGAUAUCAUAUCCUAUUGAAACGACAGACUUUUCUGUGAAAAGUAGGGAUAUUGAAUAUUUCUUUGAAAAUUUGAACAACUUAGAUGAAGAAGUACACCAUGAUUUUAAGAUUAUUCUUUUAGAAUUAUUCUUGUACAGCGUUUCUUUAUCAUAUACGAUCAAAAUCCUAAUGUAUCGACAAAAUGUUCACAAACUAAUAGCUGCAAACUUCCUAGAAUUGGUAUCCACGGUUGAAUUGGAUUCUUCAUUCGAUUGUAACGUUCCUCUGAUUGUGAGUCAACAUGGAAGAUUAAUCAUAAUCUUUAGUGAAUUCGGGUGUGAUAUUGAUUUGCUAAGAAAAUUAAUGAUGCCAUUAUAUAAUGAAAAAAUAAAUCACUGUAUCAAAUUGGUAUUGUUAGAUCUUUUGAAUCAACUUUUUACAAGUUAUCCAUGUCAUUUUGACUUUUUUGUUUUGAAUGAUUUUCAAAAUUCAGCUGUAACAAUUCCGUUUAUUAAUGAUUUAAAUUCACUGAAGUGCCUAACUAUACAAUCAUUUUUCAAAAUAAAUAGCUCUUGCAUAGAAAAUAAGUUCGAUGAUGGUAGUUCAACUGUUACGUUAUUCCUUUUAGCAAAUUCUUCUGGUUCAAAUUCAUCUACAUUAAAAAUCCAAUUAGUCAAUAAUAAUCAGUUUAUGAUUGAAAUUAAAAACCAUCAGAAUGGAUCAAGGAUGCAAUUUUCAUUUAAUCAAAUACUAGAUCUUCCUAACCACAAUAACCAGAGCUAUACUCAUUUUGCGUUGACUUAUGAUAGUUAUACUAAUUUAAAUCUUUUCAUAAAUGGGGAAUAUAGCGAGUCAAUUCCUUGUCCUGAGCUUUAUAAAAUCUUAAAUUCAUGGAAUAAAGUAUACAUUGGAGAUGAAAGAAGAACUUUAAGUCACAAUAACGACGAACUACUUAUUAGAAAUUUAACAGUUCUUAAUGUUGCAUUGUCAUAUGAAUGGGUACAUUUUCUAUAUAAUCUCGGCCUAGGAUACGAUUGGGAUUUUAAAGAUUUCUCCGAGGAUAGACUUUUAAGUUUAUUAAAUCAUUUGAGUUACAGAGGAUUGAUUAAUGUGAGCUUGAAGAUCAAGGAGCUUCAAAGUAAUCACACAAGGGAAAAUUCAGAUGUUUUAAACCAUAUGAGACAAGGAAAACAUCAGUUUGAGAUGAAUAAAAAUUUAACAAAUGGUACGACUAAUAAUGCCAUAGACAGGAAAUCAAUAGCUAAAGUCCUUAUUUUAAGCAGAUUUAAGGAAUCUAAUGUAUUAUUUGAUUCUAAUGCAAGUUCGUUCAUGGAUUCUUUAGAGGCCCCUUGCUCACCUAAGAUAUUAAUCCACAAGUCUAAUUCAAUUCACAGCGCACUUUACAGUAUCGGGGGGUCUUCACUAUUACUUAAAUUAAUUGAAUAUUCGUCGCAGAUUUCGACUAGCAGAGAUAAAAAGAUCAUUGACACAUUGUUAUAUAAAUCUCUCACGUUGUUAUUUUCCAUUUUGAAUAACAAUUGGAGAUUGAGUAAAGAGUUUGAAAACAUUAAUGGCUAUGGUUUACUACUGAUUCUUUUGAUGCGUUACAAAGAAAAUAUUAACUCAUCAUUAGAAUUCAAUUUAGUGCCGGGAUUUGACUCAAGUAAAAGCCCAGAAACAGAUUUUCAAAAGCAGGACUUAUUAAAAGUAAUAUUGGUCCAUUCAGGUUACAAUUUUAUUAACCCAUAUGAGUCGAUCAUUAUUAAUCCAAUAGCCUACAGAUUUUUAAUCCUAAAUUUUGACUUGUAUUACGGUUCUAACGUAUUCGAGCUUCUACUAUAUCAUUUUAGAGUGCUCAUUAGUGAGAGUAAAUACUCUUAUAUCAAUGCUUUCGAGUUAAACAAGAUGAAGCUAUUAAGGAAAGUUUUGCAAUUUUUUAAAUCACCUUUUCUUUCAUCUGAAACCCAAGAAACGAAUAUUGUUCAUGAAUUAUCAAAUACAUUUGAUUCUAUCUUGAAGGCGGAUACUUCAGUGGAAACAAUUAGAACAAUAUCUUUAUUUGUUAUUUAUUUAUUGUAUCAAAAUCCACACAUCUACUCCGAAAGAAUUAGUGUUCUUGCUUUGAAAUCACUAACAAAAAUAUUGUGUGAUUCAAACCUGUCAAUUAAAGUAUUGAAAAAAUUCUCGAGAUCUAUAACGAUCCACUGGAUUUUAUUAUUGCUCAAGUAUAAGUCAACUAACGACAGUAAAUAUUCCAAAGAGAUUGUUCAUUGUGGUAUUAGACUACUUACGAGGUUGUUGAAGAUACUCGGUCCGCAUAUAAUCAAGAGAUUUUUUCAUGUAAAUCAUGGGCUAGAUAUUUUAAGUAGUUUCCUAAAAGACUGGUGGAAGGAUGAUGAAAUGUUAUGUCUUAUUUAUCUAGCAAGUUUUGGGAUUGAUUUAAGGGAUGUUGAUAAAUCAUCGUUGACUUUAACAGAGGUAUUUGCUAACGAGAAUUAUAUAUCAAGACUUAAUCAAUUAGUAAUGCCAGAAUUUUUGAUAUUAUUGAACAACUUAGUGUUGAAUUCGAUGAACGAUUUAAGUAUUAAAAAAGGAAAAUCAUUGAGUGCUCCAAGUUCACCUUUAAAGAGUAAAAGAAGUGACUAUGAUGAUAACGACCUAGAGAUUUCGUACGACGUCCUACAUCUAAUUAAUCAGUAUACGGAAUCUAUCAAUUUUGGAAUUGAAAAUGUUAAGCCCUUGUCUAACUAUUAUAACAAAAAAGAAUGGUUAGAAGGUGCUUUCGAAUUAUUAGGCCAUUUAAAAUUAUCACUAUCGUGGAUAAAUUUUGAACUUUUGCCAAAUUUUCAAAGCACUUACGAAAAGUUAGCAAAAGUCUUAUCAAGUUUAUUUGUGGCUAAGCUAUUGAAAUCUUCUGAGUUUUUUGAUAUUUUCAAUGGAUUGAGUGAUUUUACGAAAAAGCUUAUACUUGAUAUUAUUUUUCCACGAAUAUUUGAACAUGUUAAUCAAUUUGUUGAUAUAUCUAAUUUCAUAUUCCAAGAAAAAGAAUUUUUAGAAGGCACUAUCGACAUAUUAAAUUACUACUACUCAGCAUUUAUUGACCAAAAUUAUGUUGUUGGAAAAAAUGACAUCGAUAAAUUCUUAACAUGUGUUAUUUCAAUAAUAGAGACAAACGAAUCAUCUAAAAGCACAAAUAAACCAUAUAUUGGAAUGAAGAAUUUGAAGAAAUACUUAGGAGAAGUAAUUGUCAUUAAAUUAAUAAAAAUAUCGGAUGAUGAUGAGCAGCACAAUAAAAAGGAAAGGGGCAAUAUAGGCCAAACUCUGAAAUUUGAAUCUCAAUCUGAAACACAGUCGUCUGAACUUGAUCAUAAGCUAGGCGAUUUUGUGAAGUGGCUUCUAUAUAGACAAAUGACUAUACUUCGAAGAGAAGUCCUUGAUGAAGAAAGAAUGAGUCAAUUAGUAUCACUUUUAUUAGGUAGCUUUUUCAAGUUGUCAACAGAAGAACAGAGCCAGAAGGCUGAGUAUAUAUUUAACUUUUUGCGUUCCUGUUAUAUGAUGCAGAGCGAAGAUUUCCAUAAAACUAUUUCACUUAUAAGUAAGGGUAGUGACUAUAAUGAAUCUGAAAUAUUAAUUACAGAGUUUUUUGACAAUCUACUAACUAAGAACGAUGAUGAAACAUUAAGAAACCUACAGAAAUAUCCUACAUUCAAGCACAUAUUCACGAAGAGUUAUCAUGUAUGCAUUGGAAAGUAUGGUGAACGAGCAACGCUAAACGUAACAGAUAUGGCCGCUGUAACGUUAAAUAAUGGUGGCAGUUUAGGAUUAAUGAAUAACGUAUAUAUCAACAAUUUUGAAAAAGAUUGUGAACAAUUGAGAUUAUCUAUGGUUAAUGGAGAGUUGAUAAAAUUUAGUAGAGCCGAACAGGAUAAACAGGAAAACAUGCAAUAUUUUGUUACAACAUACAACUCAUUGAAAAUCGAAGUCGCUAGAUUAAUAAAUCAAGAGGAUAUAUUCAAUAAAAAGUCCCAGUAUAUAUUGGACUUCAUUGAGAAUGUCGAUCGCAUGAGAAGGAGAAUGAUUGUGCAAAAUCAGUUAUCUGAAUCGGAAAAACUAUCAUACAAUAUCAAUAUCCCUAUUAAGCUGGUGGAGACCAUUAAUAAUGAGUUUCCUUCUCUUAAGGACUUCAAUUACUCAAUGACAAACAGUGAUAUGGACGGUAUUCUGGAUACUACUGACGAUAAUGAUAGUUACGAGGUCAUUGAUGAUGCAUCGGAUAUGACGGAAUCAGAAGGCAAUUCAUUCGAAGACAGAAAUAGGAAAGUUAUAAGGAGUUUGUACAUGGGUGAUCAAAUUGUGGCCCUAUGGAAUAUCAGUCAAAUAAAUGGGUUAGCACCUAUUGAAAGUUUGAUGAUAUUGGGAACUAAUCAUUUGUAUUUGAUUGAAAAUUAUUUACAUUGUGCAAAUGGAAACGUUAUUGAUGCACAUGAUGCCCCAAUUGAAUUAAGAGACCCUUAUCUUCAGCUAGUAAAUUCCCAAUCUAGAAACUAUUUGAAAAGUGAGAAUGGAAGAUCUCAUAGAACAAAAAGUUGGGGAUUGGAUAAGCUAAGCUGCAUAUCCAAGCGACAAUUUCUAUUACGCGAUAUAGCUAUAGAGAUGUUUUUUAGUGAUGGUGCAAGUAUUCUUAUUACUUGCUUGUCUACGAAGGAACGUGAUUCUAUAUACAGCAAAUUAUUUGCUUAUGCGUCGGGAAAAGGGUUAGACAAUGAUUUGUUGCAAGCAUUGCAACUUUCUUCAUCAAUAUCUACAAGACAUCCUUUGACGGAUGGAACAUCUUUCUUUACUUCGAAAUUAGCAUCAGCGUUUACAUCCGGAUCGACAUCGUCAUUAUUGGCGGCUACAAAGAAAUGGAAAAGAGGUGAGAUGAGUAACUUUUAUUAUUUGAUAAUCAUCAAUACGCUUGCCGGAAGAACGUAUAACGACUUAACCCAAUAUCCAGUAUUUCCAUGGGUAAUUGCUGAUUAUACUAGCGAAACAUUAGACUUGUCGAACCCGAAAACUUUUCGUGACUUAUCAAAGCCAAUGGGAGCUCAGACUAUGGGGAGAGCAAACGAAUUCCGAGAAAGAUAUGAAGCUUUGGAUAGCUUGCAUGAUAAUAAUGCUCCUCCCUUUCAUUAUGGUACUCAUUAUUCUUCAGCAAUGAUUGUGACAUCUUUUUUAAUUAGGUUGAAGCCUUACGUACAGUCGUAUUUGUUAUUGCAAGGAGGAAAGUUUGAUCAUGCUGAUAGACUAUUUAAUUCCGUUGAGAAGGCUUGGAAUUCAGCAUCGAGAGACAACACAACUGAUGUAAGGGAGUUGACCCCAGAGUUUUUCUAUUUACCGGAGUUUUUGACCAACUCUAGUAAUUUUGAAUUCGGGACCCUUCAGAAUGGACAAGCAUCGAAUGACGUAUCUCUUCCACCAUGGGCGAAAGGCGAUCCUAAGUUAUUUAUUGCGAAAAAUAGGGAAGCUUUAGAAAGUUCGUACGUUUCUGCUAAUUUGCAUCUAUGGAUAGAAUUAAUCUUUGGACAUAAACAAAGUGGCCAAGAAGCAGUAAAUUCAUUAAAUGUUUUCCAUCAUUUAUCCUAUAAUGGCGCUAUCAAUCUAGAUAAGAUUAAUGAUGAGGUCGAAAAGAGGGCAAUAAUUGGAAUGAUCAAUAAUUUCGGACAAACACCGUUGAAGAUAUUUCAAAAGGCGCAUCCUAUUAAAGAAGUAUUGAAUCUACCAAACUAUUAUAUGAGUUUGAUAAAUACAAAUACUGAACCACGAUUAAUAUUCAGCUCUAAGUUGAAAGCACCUAUAAAGAAAUUGGAAUUAACCCUGAGAAAGUGGUUAGGUAGGCCAUCAUGUGUAAGUAAUGAGGAUGAUUUGUUAAUUCGGAAAACAAACUUAUUCAAAGGAAAUUGCAAGUCUUUGAUAAUUAACCAGACAACGUUUUUAAAUAUCCAUCUGUCUAAUAUAACCUGUAUUCUUCCAAUUGGACACAAGAGCUUUUUAACAGCCUCAGAAGAUGGGAUUAUUAAUGUAUGGAAAUGUGCCCUUAAACCCAGCAUGAAUUUACAAUUUCAAUGUUUACUCAGGGGACAUUUUACAGGAAUUUCCUCAUUGAUCUUUAGUAGUAGUUUUAAGACAGGUAUUAGUGUCGACAUUGAUGGAAUGAUUAUUAUAUGGGAUUUCACAAGAUUUAAAUUUGUCAGAAAAAUUAUGCCACCUUCCGCUUUCAAGACUCCACUAAGAGUGUUAACUUCUAUUUCGAAUGACACAGGAAAUAUAAUUGCAAUAUAUAGCUCGGAAAGAAAAAACUUGUUAAUGAUCUUUACUAUAAAUGGAGAAAUCAUUCUUUCAAAACAUCUAGACCAUGGUGUGAUCUCAAGUGUAACAUGUGGGAGUAUAAAUGAUCCGAUGGUUGAUACUGAUAAAUACCUGGUUACAAACAGUCAUAUAUAUUGGUCUAAUGAAUUGAUAGCAAUUGCGUAUAAUGCACCAAAAAGACUUGUUAAUAUAUAUGAGCUAAAAGAAGACGAAGGAAAUGAAUGUUGGGCUUUGGUGUUAAUUGACGCGGUGGAUUUUGGGUCUACAUCAGUUGGAGAGAUAACAGCUAUGGAACUAUUCAAGCAAAGUGAAAUUGAUACAGAAGACAAAUUAUGUAGGGGCUUAUUGAAAUUAGUCGUUGGGGACUCAUUCGGUAAAGUAUAUAGUUGGUGA